AAUGUUGUUCGUGGCCCUCCGCGAAAGCCUCGACAAAGUGGUUGCGCUAUUUGGAUAGGGAAUCUGCCGCCGCAAACCGAUCUGAUGAGCCUGGUCCAUCACGUGUGCAACGAAGCUUCUAGUCUCGAGUCGUUGUUUCUCAUCUUGAAGAGUAAUUGCGCUUUCGCGAAUUUCAAGGACGACGAAAGCUGCAUUCGCGCGCAGCAAAAGCUUCAUAACUCCAAGUUCCAGUCUGCUCGAUUAGUCAGUCACUUGCGUAAGAACACGGUCGAGGGAGCAACCGGAAAACCUGCGCAUACAGGACCUUCAGCAACAUCGCCUGGGGCGCCGAGUGUGUCACCUGAGCCUCUUAAAAGUCAACAAACACCGAUGGGGCCUGCGACACAGGAAGCUGUAAUGGGUCAAGAGAAGGAAAGAGAUUUAAGAACUGCGCCUAUCGGCGGGGCCGCGCAGCAGAAAGAUAGAUUCUUUGUUCUCAAAAGUUUGACUGUGGAGGACUUGGAUCUCAGCGUAAGGAAUGGCGUAUGGGCAACACAACCCCACAACGAAGGAUCUCUUAACGAUGCUUUUAAGAUGGCCGACAAUGUGUACCUCGUCUUUUCCGCAAACAAAUCCGGCGAGUAUUUCGGGUAUGCCAGGAUGGUGUCAUCUAUAAACAACGAUCCGGCUGCAGCUAUCAAAUUUGGCCUGAAAGCACAAGCCACAAGCGAUAUACACUUCCCCGAGGCUAUCCCUAUAGAAGCUACCGGCAAUUGCCCGCGAGGCAACAUAAUUGAUGACUCAGCACGAGGAACAGUAUUCUGGGAAGUCGAGCAAGAGGAUGUUGAUACAAUACCAACAGGAACUGAUUUGAAACAUUCUGCGAGUGCGCGCAGUGGAUUGAAUGGUGAACAAGACACCAAAACCUGCGGGAAGCUUUUCAAGUUAGAAUGGCUAUCUACAGCACGGCUGCCGUUUUAUAGAGUAAGAGGAUUGAGAAACCCAUGGAAUGCGAAUAGGGAGGUUAAGAUCGCUCGCGACGGGACAGAACUAGAACCGUCAGUUGGAAGACGACUUAUCAGACUCUUCAAUCCUGUGCAGAGCCCA